AUGUCCUACUAUCCGCCUUAUUCUGGCCCACCGGGCUACCCCCCACCACAGCAGCAACAACAGCAGCAGCAGUACUCGUAUCCUCCUAAUUACGGAUCUCCGCAACCUUACCAAACCAUCAUCACCAACAAUCUUCCUACGGCGGCGGUUACCCCGGCCAAGCGUACCGUGAGCAACAUCCUCCUCCGAAUCCUUACGGGUAUGGCCAGCCCUCCCCUCAGCCUGGUUACGGCGCGCCUCCUCCACACAACGGUUACGGUGUAUGUCCUCAUCAGUGAAGAUAACUGUGAACAAAAAAAAAUGCAAGUGUGGCUGACUUUGUAUGCAGCAACCGCCGUCAGGAUACGGCCAGCCGCCGCCGCCUACUGGAAAUGCGGUGUAUGGUGGAAGACAGCCUGGUAUGUGAUCGCGUUUGGUGCAGGAAGAACUGCAUUCUGCUUUGGAAAGUGUCAGUAUGCGGCCGCUGACAUCUGCAACACAGGCAUGAACCAGUAUCAGAACACCUACUCGCACGGUCAUCAGGGUGGUCCACCACCACCACCCACUGAUCCGGUCGCGUUCGGCCACGGAGCUCCACAGGGAUACAGUUUCCAGUACUCUCGAUGCACUGGUAAGCGCAAGGCCUUGCUGAUUGGAAUCAACUAUUUCGGGCAGAAGGGCCAGCUGCGUGGUUGUAUCAACGAUGUCAAGAACAUGUCGACGUAUUUGAACCAGAACUUCGGCUACGCGCGCGAGGACAUGGUGCUGUUGACGGACGACCAGCAGAACCCCAUGAGCCAGCCUACGAAGGCUAACAUCCUGCGGGCGAUGCAUUGGUUGGUCAAGGAUGCGCAGCCGAAUGAUUCGCUCUUUUUCCACUACUCAGGUCAUGGUGGUCAGACUCCGGACUUGGAUGGCGACGAGGAAGACGGAUAUGAUGAGGUCAUCUACCCGGUCGACUUUCGACAAGCCGGUCACAUUGUGGACGACGAGAUGCACCGGAUCAUGGUCCGGCCACUACGCCCGGGAGUACGCUUGACCGCAAUCUUCGACUCGUGUCACUCGGGCUCCGCCUUGGACCUCCCCUACAUCUACUCGACACAGGGUAUCCUCAAGGAGCCCAACCUGGCCAAGGAGGCCGGACAAGGGCUCCUGGGUGUGGUCUCGGCCUAUGCGCGCGGCGACAUGAGCGGCAUGGUGUCCACCGCGGUUGGGUUCUUGAAACGCGCCACCAAGGGCGACGAGGCCUACACGCGCAGCAAGCAGACCAAGACCAGCCCGGCGGACGUCAUCAUGUGGUCUGGCAGCAAGGACAGCCAGACCAGCCAGGAUGCUCAGAUCGGUGGCCAGGCCACCGGCGCCAUGUCCUGGGCGUUCAUCACCGCUCUCCGCAAGAACCCCCAGCAGAGCUAUGUACAGUUACUGAACAGUAUCCGGGAUGAGUUGGCAACCAAGUACUCGCAGAAACCGCAGCUGAGCUGCAGUCAUCCAUUGGACACGAACCUUCUCUACGUCAUGUAA